GGCUGAUACUCCAAUGUUGCACAAUCCACUCAAUCACUGGAAUGUGGCGCUGCUAAUCGCAAAUUUUUGGAGUGUUUCUGCUUUUGUAAAAAUAGAUCGCGAUGCCCAAUCUGGACUAUCUGGAGCAAUUUCAUCAUCACUAAUUUUUAAUCAAAACGUUAUUUACAGACGGAAUAUUUUAUCAGUGUGUGAAUUAGUGUCUUCUAACAAGAGUAAUGUUUGCUUUUUAUCCCAAUCUUCAACUUCUAACUUUCCCUUUAUGAAUUUUGAAAUUUUAUCAAGUCGAAAAGCGUAGAACUUAACCUGUCUGAAAUGGAUGGAUACUUCAACCGAGAAGUCACAGGAACCUACAGAGACAUGAAAGAUUUGGAUGGUCAAGCUCCUAAAACUAAUUUGGUCACAGAUGACUACGAUAUCUCAAACAACGUCCUGGGACUUGGAAUAAAUGGGAAGGUUGUACAGUGUCGGAACAAAAAAUCUGGAAUCACCUACGCGUUGAAGAUUUUGCGAGAUAGUGUAAAAGCACGCAGGGAAGUCGAAAUUCAUUGGAAAGUUAGUAGUUGUCCACAGAUUGUUAGUAUCAUUGAUGUCUAUGAGAAUACAUAUGGUGGCAACAGCUGCCUUCUAGUAAUUAUGGAAUGCAUGGAAGGAGGAGAACUAUUUCAAAGGAUUCAAGACAGAGUUGAUGGAGCCUUCACUGAAAGAGAAGCUGCGCAAGUUAUGCGAGAAAUUUGUAUGGCUGUGAAGUAUCUUCAUGAUAAGAAUAUUGCACAUCGUGAUUUAAAACCAGAAAAUUUAUUAUAUUCCAAGAAAGAUGAAACAGGCGUCUUAAAACUAACAGAUUUUGGAUUUGCAAAAGAAAUUACAUCUGCUCGGGCUUCUUUACAAACACCUUGCUAUACACCUUACUAUGUUGCUCCUGAAGUGCUCGGGCCACAGAAAUAUGAUAAAAGCUGUGAUAUAUGGUCUCUUGGAGUUAUCAUGUACAUUUUAUUGUGUGGAUUCCCACCGUUUUACAGCAAUCAUGGUCAAGCGAUCUCUCCCGGAAUGAAACGGCGAAUACGAACUGGACAGUUUGAUUUCCCGGAUCCAGAGUGGAGUAAAGUCUCUGAUGAUGCCAAAACUCUAAUUCAGAGUAUGUUGUGCGUGGAGCCAGCCCACCGCCUUGAGAUUAAUCAAGUCAUGCGACAUAAGUGGAUCGCACAAUAUACAGAGGUCCCGCAGACACCCUUGUUCACAGGGCAGAUGUUAAAAGAGGGAGAAGACAUCUGGCCGGAGGUUCAAGAAGAAAUGACGCGGUCAUUAGCAACAAUGCGCGUGGAUUACGAUCAAAUUCAGAUCAAAUCUUUGACUGCAUCAAAUAACUCUUUGCUCAACAAACGACGGAAGAAAUUAGGGGAAACAAUCCCUGAAACCUCCACAGAAAUGUAACUAUUAUGCUAGGUAAUCCCUCAGCCUUUAUUUAUCAGUUUGCCUUGUUUUACGGGUCUUACAAUCACUCUAUGUAAAGCUGCUGUUUUGAGAUGUUUGUGAUCACAUCGAGUUUUCACUUCAUCAUGAUCAACUUUUAGCAAGCAAAGACAAAAGUAAGUCCAAAAAAUUGACCAUAAAGAGGAAGUGUAAAUCAUUGCUCGAAAAAAUGAGCCGAUUUUAAUAUCUGUAUCACCGUGGAAAAGAACAAAAUUAAACUAUCCAGGAAUGUUUUUCGUUCCAUUCUCUUCAUUAAGAAGUAUAAAAGUCAUUCGGUUUCUUACUCUUGAAAAUUUGGAUGUAAUGGAGCCCGGAGACUCGGAUCUAUUUUUCCAUCUCAAGAAAAAAAAAAAAAAAUAAUGUUUGGUUGUGCUGUACAAAAGACUCAUUUAAUUGGUGACAGAUUUUUUAGGAAUGAUAAGGUGCUCUACAAUUUUUCAUUUUCAAUCGUCAUUCAAGCACUGUCUGGAAAGUUCCCAAAUAAAUUUCCCCACCUCAGGCAUGAGAAAUAGUUUCAAUGAACUGAACCUUUUGCAACUUAUUCUGAAGAGAGAGUUUUCUGUCAAAUCUCAAAAUCCAAUUUUUCAACCCUCUUCAACAAAAAUGGCUUAACUGAAAAUUUUUCUGCUGUGGAUUGAGGUAUUAGUGAACAAUCACAUUUUACGAAUUCUCCAGCAAUUUUCAGGAAAAACUACUCGUCCUUCGUCAUGUAUUCAUUGCUUGAAGAACAUUGUAUUACUGCAUAGACAUACAUUAAAAUAUUAAACCGUACAAUCCGUAUGUGCAAUGUAAAAACCAAGGCUUCAUGACUAAACAUACAUGCAAUAAUGCUAUCAGUAUUCCUCUUCAUCCAAUAUUGCCAAAGAUUAUUUCACGAUAACAAUAUUUGUCAGUGCUUUGACUUAGGAACUUUUUAGACAAUCCCAUUUUGCCACAAAACAUUUUAAAUGUUCCUUUCCUCCUUUAAAAUGUGAAAAAGCUUAGCAAUCAUAAUUCUACAAACAUUUUAUAAAAAUGUAUGAGUAAGUAGAAAAUAAUCGGUCGGAACUUAGGAAUUGUUGGAAUCAAAAUUAAGUGGCUCAACCUUUUCCUCGGGAAAAGUGAAAGCAACUUUUUAAUGUUAUAGGAACUUUCAGGUAUUUUUCAACUAUCACACUGUCUUCUCUUUCCUCUUUCUAUGCUCAAAUGUUCAGAGGGAGUUAGAAUUCUUGUGUGGACUCUAAGUUUGAGCAGUAAACCUCUUUAAGCAUUAAUAAAUAGUGACCACAUAGUUAAGCACCUUACUUUUGAAGGGACUUUAGUUUUACAUCAGUUAAUACAUUUUUCGUUACUUGCGGACGAUUAUUCUAUUUGAUCACCUACAGACAACAUUUUAAAUUGCUAACCGAAAAAUUCAAAUUAUCUUAGAAAUCUACCCUUUUAUUCUAUUUUUAAUCUUACUCUUUGAUCAGUAAGUACACUAUCAUUCUAUAAGAAUUCUUAUCUCCUAGAUAUUUAUUUUUUCAAAUUUUCUAAAAAUUGAGUUUUUUCUUUUUCUUUUUUUCUAUAAACGCAAAGAAAGAGACAUGAUGGCCUUCUCACUCUGGGAAUAUGUCUUAUUCUUUGAUAGUUUUAUUCAAAAUGAUAUUCUUGUGCCAAACAAUUUUGGUGUUCAACCAGAUUGACUUAACUUUUUUUAUGUGUGUAAGCUCUGAAAUUUUAUCAAAUCCUCCAUCUCCCUUUCUAUCCUUUGAUGACAGGGCAACAAAUACAGUAGUCUGAAUUUUAUUGCAAAAACAGAUUGCGUCUUACACCUUGCAGGUUUUACAGGAAAGUGUUGAAAACUCAUCAAAACUGGACUUUUUAUGAGUUUUUGCUCUACUUAGAGUAGGUUUCCAUCCUUCAAUAAUUACUAAGCAACAAAUUCAGAAGUCUCAAUUUCAUCCUGAAACCAAAAAGCCUCUUACACUCUGCAGACACUAAAAACUGGAAAGAGUCGCUGAAAAUAUAUCACAGCUGAUCUCUACCGGAGUUUUUUCUCUUUGAUAGUUUGUUUGGAGUAACUCUUCCUCAUUUUAAACCAGAACUGCAGAUUGAAAAAUUCCUGUACCCUUUUCAUUAUUAAGUCAAUUUUUGGUCUUUGUAUCCCUUCCUUUCGUAAUUUAAAACUGAUUCAUGAGGUUGCUAAAUUCUUUGAAUGUGUACUUUAUCAGUCAACUUUAACACUUUAAUUUACUUGAAUUUACUGAUUAGCUCAAUCUUUGUUUAUUUUUAAAUUCACUUUGUUCCUAAAUCUUCCGCAUCCUACAACACUGGUAGGACCAGUCAAAAAUGUUCUCAAUUUAUCUUGUCAAUUAUCAAUAGAGUUUCCCAAAAAUACAUAGCUUUCAUUUUAUAACUGUCAUCCACGAAUUAUUAUGUAUCUCUUAUUCUUAAAAUUCAUCACACAUGUGUUUAUUAUUCCUAUUUCAGUUUUAUUUUAGCCAUUAAAUUUAUCUAAUCAUAUCGGAAAGUUGUAUUAUCCUCUCAACGGCUGAAGUAAAAAAAAAAUGUGUGCAUUUGAUAGCAACAAAUCUGCACUCAUACACUAUUUUUUUAUUAUAAUGCCCACCAACGGCUUUUCUUGAUUUUUUCUGUGAGUUCUAUUCACCAUUCAAAAACAUUCCCAGAAAUUUUCACGGAGAAAUUUUGGUUGAUUUUCUUGAAAAAAAACGAAGAAAAAUAGAAAUUAUGAAAUGUUACAAUGGAGAUAAGCAUUUUUUUUACUUCAGCCAUCUAUAUCUUGUGUUUGCACAAUUAUUUUGCAUUCUUUAGCAGGACUGAUGAAAGCAUUCAUUCUGGAUUUUUUUUUUUUUAGUCGUGUUUGUAUUUUAGUCAUAUAUUCGUAAGACAUUACGAAAGUUUCUCCUUUUUGUUUUGUCCAACUUGUACUUUUGCACCCAUAAUGCACUUAUUGGUCUCUCUGACCCUCCUUUUUACAAAAAAUAUGAUUGUACGGUAAACCAUCAGUGGCGUUUGUCUCUAAAAGGAAUUCAAUCAAAAUUAAUUGUUCUUAAAGAUUGUUAGUAGAAUAAGUUGAAAAUCUAUUUUUUAUGUGUAAUCAUUUCAAUGUCUGGAAUGAAGAAAUUAUUUUUAGCUCUACUAAAAUCUGCAACUUUAUAUUUUUAAAAGUCAGGUCAAUAAUCUCUUGGAUCCAUGAAACAUUUUGUCGUGUUCCUCAGCUGUCUCGUAAUUUGAUUACCACUGAUAUUGAUCGUACCCAACAAUUUAAAACUUUUAUUUCUUGAAUUUAAAUUAUCUGUUAAAUUAUAAAACUCCACCGAGAAGUUGGAAGUUUUAAUGACUGAAUCAUUACUAAUUCAGCCUCAAUACAUUGUCUUCGUUGCCUAAUUUACAAUUUUACUUGUCUGACCAAUUCACCAUGCACCUUGUCAUUGACCAUUGCAUUUCCUGGCCAGCAGGCUUUUUAAAGUUUUCAAAGAAUUCAAUUUAAGGAAGAAAACAUCUCCGUCACGCUUUAUUCAUUAAUAACCGCUCUAAGCACUCAAUCAGAUGAAUUCCUUGUUGUCAGUAUUUAAAUAUGUUUAAAUUCUGACUCUGACUUUUGUUUAAUCAGAUGUUUUAGUUUGAGUCAUUAAAAUACUCUACUGUAAGUUGUAUAGUUUUGAUCAUCGUUGAAUAGACUUUUUUAGUUUCGCUCCUCUAAAAACACUCUGGUAGCAACGAGAGAUUUUACAUAUUUUUUUUUUAUUUGGUUUUAAGUAUUUUAACUUCUUAUCAGAGGUUUGCAAAUGUACCGCAGCGAAUUGCUGCAACCAAUUUCAUGCAAAUAUUUAGUGAGAUAAAAAUGUGUCUUUAAGGGUAUGUGCUUUUGUGGUCUUUCUGCCAUAAUCAGUUGAUAUUUCAGGUGAAAUAAUGUUCUUUAAAGUUUUACUCUUUAGACGCAAAUUCUUAGUAGUACCCAUGGAAUAGAUUAUUUUUAGUGCAAUAAUGUUUCUAGGUAGCAAAUGUAUUGCGCAUGUAUUAGUUGUUAUUGGAACAUUUUUAUAUUUUUACAAAUUUUUUAUGAUCAAUAGAAUCAGUCUUGAUGUUAGCUGUUUCAAUUAAACAAAUUUAUGUACCUGGGUUGGGUUUGUAUCUUGCAGGCUAUAUUUAACAACUCGGUAAAUUGGGUUGUGUUCAGCAGAAGAGAACUAGGGCAAUUACAGUGUUUCCAUAAUUAUUCAACUUCCCCUUUGCCUUUAAAAAUACUAAAUGUAAAAACAGUAAUUUUACAUAAUGGUUUUCCUCAAAAAUUGACACUUUUUAGUAGAAAAACAAAAACGAUUUGCUACUCUAGACUUUUUUUCCCCCUUAAAAAUGAAGAUGUACAAUUUUUACACCAAUGGAAUUUCGUUAGUUCCCUUCAGCUGAAUGCUCCCAAAUCAUUAUUAUGUAAUCAGUAUUGGCAGUUAAGUCUAGGGCUGCUCAACUGUUCAACGCUAGCUUGGUCGCCGAGUUUCUCCCUUCAAGAACAUUUUUAAAUGGUUGUCGCAAAAAUUUAAGUUCACCAAUAGAUAUUGUAUUAAAUCAAUCAAAAGUUUGAGAAAACAGUAUUAUAAGUGGUCAGUAUUAAUUCCCUCCACUUUUUUCACCUCUUGCUUCUGUCAUAAUAAUUUUUUAAACCAGCCAUGAUUCUCAGGUUUUCAAAAAAAAUUAUAAUUCUAUCAGCAGUUAGAUAUCCACGCAACUGUUAAAAAUGUUGGCUGAACCUUCAAAGAAGGCUUCUCAAGAAAAGAAUCAUUUAUUUUGAGCGACAAGUUGUAAAAUUUGUAUAAAGACGAAUUUGAACGUCAAUUCAGAUUUUGAUAAUGCUCUUUGCAUCACUAUUCUGACAAAUGAUAGUGUCAGUGCUCAAGUUAUUUAUUUUGAGAUAUGGUUUCAAAAUUUGUAAACAGAACAAAAGUCAAUACUUAAAUUACAUAGUCUGCACCUAUGUUUUGUGAUUUUUAAAUGUGACACUAUGACAUCAUGUCUAUUUUUUAUCAAUAAAGGUCCUCUCUUUUAUGUAUUA